AACGCCUCGCCCUGUCCAUCCGGGUCACUGCACUCUACGAUCGCUAACUAGCUUAGCUAACGGUGUUGCCGACUUGCCUGCAGUGCCCGACAUAAUUAAAAACAAAAGUGUAUACCGAACCCGGGUGACCGCGUUAAAUGCAUUUUUGUGAUUUGUCUUUUGACUUCACGAAGCUGAAGCAGGCAAACGUAGUAAAGAUGUUUACAUAGAUUUUAGUUAACUUAUUAAGUAAUUUUAUCUAACGUUAGCUAACAUUAGCCAACUUAGCUAAGCUGAACUGCUAAUGAACUAUACUUAUCAUUAGCAUUCAGCAGAUACAGCAAGCUGGCUUAAACACACGCUGAUUAAAUCUAAACUAGGUCCCGCAAGGAUGUCGGACUCGGACAGUGAUGAGGACCAAGAUCGCCCUUUCUCUCUAACUGGCUUCCUCUUUGGAAACAUCAAUGAAGAUGGACAGCUAGAGGAUGACAGUGUUCUGGACAAUGAGUCCAAAAAGCAUUUGGCUGGUUUGGGUAAUCUGGGUCUGGGCUCACUCAUUACAGAGAUCACUGCCAAUUCGGAGGAUGAUCAAGACGAAAACAGAGACUCUGGCAGUGUGGAUGCAGAAGGUUGGGUGAAAAGCACUGAAGAUGCAGUUGAUUAUUCUGACAUCAGUGAGGUUGCUGAGGAUGAGACAAAGAAGUACCGUCAGGCAAUGGGGUCUUUGCAGCCCAGCAGGAAAACAGAUGAUGAGGAUGACUAUGAUGCCGACUGCGAGGAUAUCGAUUCUAAGCUUAUGCCUCCUCCGCCACCACCAAGUCUUCCUACAUCUGCUAAGAAAGAGGAACCCUCCUCUCAGAGCACAAAUGUUGGGGAAGAGGGUGAUGGCAUCAUCCUGCCCUCCAUCAUCGCGCCAUCUUCUACGGCUGAUAAGGUUGACUUCAGCAGCUCCUCAGACUCUGAGUCAGAAACUGACCGUCCCUGCCAGGGCUUGGGGGCUGGAGGCCCCCCAGAUCGGCUCAACCUCCCUCUUGCUGGCAUCAUGCAGAAAGAUGCUGCCAAAGCACUGCCAGGUGUCACAGAGCUCUUCCCAGAGUUUAGGCCUGGAAAGGUGCUUAGGUUCUUACGGCUAUUUGGUCCUGGAAAGAACAUGCCAUCAGUAUGGAGGAGUGCCCGCAGGAAGAAGAAGCGGAAGCACAGAGACCCUCAGCCUGGGACACCUCCUCCAGAAGGAGAGCCCAUAGAGCAAAGCCAGGAGAAGAAGUCUGGAUGGAUUUACGAGUACGCGCCCCCUCCACCCCCAGAGCAGUGUCUCUCUGAUGAUGAGAUAACCAUGAUGGCUCCAGUAGAAUCUAAGUUCUCACAAACAUGUGGUGAUGGGGACAAGGAGACAGAGUCUCGACCUAAAGUAGCAGAAUGGAGAUAUGGCCCAGCCCAGCUCUGGUACGACAUGCUAGGCGUCUCUGAGGAUGGAAGCAACUUCAACUACGGGUUCAAGCUAAAGGAAAAUGAAUCCAGUGAGCCUCAGAAGCAGGACACGCAUAAAGAAAUAACAGAGACUGCACAUGAGUUUCUGAGACGAGACGACGACGAUGAUGAUGAUAAUGAACAUGAAGAUAAGGACAGACAAGCCCUUGAGAAUGAGCUCUUCCUGAUGGUCACACAACUGCAAUGGGAGGACGAUAUUAUCUGGAAUGGGGAGGAAGUAAAACACAAGGGCACCAAGACUCAGCGAGCCAGCCUGGCAGGAUGGUUGCCCUCUAGCAUGACCCGCAAUGCCAAUGCUUAUAACGCACAGCAGGGUCUGACAAGAAGUAAUUCCCUGUUGGUGCCACCUACGCCUCCACCCAUGCCCAAGGCUUCUUCAAUCUCUGGCUCUAAGCGGGAAAAAAACAACCAUGAUAAUCAAGCCUCUCAUGAAGAAGACUCUCCCUGGUUCUCCAUUUUCCCCAUUGACAACGAGGAGUUGGUGUAUGGACGCUGGGAAGAUAACAUUAUCUGGGAUGACCAGGAGAUGGAUCACAUGCUCAUGCCACCUGUUCUCACACUGGAUCCUAAUGAUGAAAAUAUCAUCCUAGAAAUGCCUAAUGAAAAGGAGGAGAUGACUUCCAACUCCCCAUCAAAAGAGAAUAAGAAGGAAACGGCAAUCAAAAAGAGCCGCAUCCUGCUGGGGAAGACUGGGGUGAUAAAAGAUGAGCCACAGCAGAACAUGUCCCAGCCUGAAGUGAAGGACCCCUGGAACCUCUCCAAUGAUGAGUUCUACUAUCCGAAACAGCAGGGCCUGAGGGGGACCUUCGGUGGCAACAUCAUACAGCACUCCAUCCCGGCACUGGAGCUGAGGCAGCCCUUCUUCCCUACUCACAUGGGGCCCAUGAAGCUGCGCCAGUUUCAUCGACCGACUCUGAAGAAGUACUCCUUUGGAGCUUUGGCUCAGCCAGGUCCCCAUCCUGUCCAGCCACUGCUCAAACACAUUAAGAAGAAGGCUAAGAUGCGAGAGCAGGAGCGGCAGGCAUCAGGCGGAGGAGACAUGUUCUUCAUGCGAACCCCACAGGACUUAACAGGCAAAGAUGGAGAUCUGAUCCUGGCAGAGUACAGUGAAGAAUACGCCCCUCUCAUCAUGCAAGUCGGCAUGGCCACUAAGAUCAAAAACUACUACAAAAGGAAACCUGGAAAGGAUCCUGGAGCACCCGACUGUAAAUAUGGCGAGACUGUGUACUGCCACACAUCCCCUUUCCUGGGUUCUCUGCAUCCCGGACAGCUGCUCCAGGCAUUUGAAAACAACCUCUUCCGUGCUCCAAUCUACGUGCACAAGAUGCCCGAGACUGAUUUCUUAGUUCUACGAACGCGACACGGCUACUACAUUAGAGAGCUUGUGGACAUUAUUGUAGUUGGUCAGGAGUGCCCCUUGUAUGAGGUUCCAGGGCCAAACUCCAAACGAGCCAAUACCCACAUCAGAGACUUCUUACAGGUGUUCAUUUACCGCUUGUUCUGGAAGAGCAAGGAUCGGCCCCGGAGAAUCCGCAUGGAGGAUAUAAAGAAAGCUUUUCCGUCACACUCAGAGAGCAGCAUCAGGAAACGACUAAAACUCUGUGCUGACUUCAAACGUACAGGGAUGGACUCUAACUGGUGGGUGUUGAAGCCGGACUUCAGAUUGCCAACAGAGGAGGAGAUCAGGGCCAUGGUGUCUCCAGAGCAGUGCUGCGCUUACUAUAGCAUGUUGGUGGCAGAGCAGAGACUCAAGGAUGCUGGAUAUGGUGAGAAAUCCUUCUUUGCUCCAGACGAGGAGAAUGAGGAGGAUUUUCAAAUGAAGAUUGAUGAUGAGGUGCGGACAGCUCCUUGGAAUACAACAAGAGCCUUCAUUUCUGCUAUGAAGGGGAAAUGCUUGUUGGAGGUUACAGGUGUGGCUGAUCCUACAGGCUGUGGAGAGGGUUUCUCUUACGUCAAAGUGCCCAACAAGCCCACUCAACAGAAGGAUGACAAAGAGCCACAGCCUGCCAAGAAGACAGUGACAGGGACAGACGCUGACCUGAGGAGACUGUCACUGAAGAAUGCUAAGCAGCUGCUGCGCAAGUUUGGUGUUCCAGAGGAAGAGAUCAAGAAGCUCUCACGCUGGGAGGUGAUUGACGUGGUGAGAACCAUGUCCACAGAGCAGGCGCGUUCAGGCGAGGGACCCAUGAGCAAGUUUGCCAGAGGGUCUCGUUUCUCUGUUGCUGAACACCAGGAGCGUUACAAGGAAGAGUGCCAGAGGAUCUUUGACCUACAGAACAAAGUGUUAGAGUCGACAGAGGUGCUCUCCACAGACACAGACAGCAGCUCAGCAGAGGACAGUGACUUUGAGGAGAUGGGGAAGAACAUUGAGAACAUGCUGCAGAACAAGAAGACCAGCUCCCAGCUUUCCCGUGAGAGGGAGGAGCAGGAGAGGAAGGAGCUGCAGAGGAUGCUGAUGGGCGAGGAGAAUGAUCGUGACAACAAGGGACGCAAGGAGCGGCGCAAAGGCUUGUCUAGCUCCUUGUCAACCAGCUCCCAUAAGGACGAUGACACGUCCUCCGUCACCAGCUUAAACUCCUCGGCCACAGGACGACGACUCAAGAUCUAUCGCACCUUCAGGGAUGAGGACGGCAAGGAAUAUGUCCGCUGCGAGACAGUACGCAAGGCUGCAGUCAUUGACGCCUACACCAGGAUCAGAACCACCAAGGAUGAUGAAUUCAUACGAAAGUUUGCCCUCUUUGAUGAGCAGCACAGAGAAGAGAUGAGGAAGGAGCGCCGGCGCAUUCAGGAGCAGCUGAGGAGGCUGAAGAGAAACCAAGAGAAAGACAAGAUCAAGGGACCUCCAGAGAAGAAGGCCAAGAAGGUCAAAGAGAGACCAGACCUCAAGGUAAAACUAAAGUGCGGAGCAUGUGGAGCCAUUGGACAUAUGAGGACCAACAAGUUCUGCCCGCUGUACUAUCAGACCAACGCCCCGCCUUCUAAUCCAGUUGCCAUGACAGAGGAGCAGGAGGAGGAGCUGGAAAAGACCGUCAUCCACAACGACAAUGAGGAACUGAUUAAGGUGGAGGGCACCAAGAUCGUCCUGGGCAAACAGCUCAUUGAGAGUGCUGAUGAGGUGCGCAGAAAGUCUUUAGUGCUCAAGUUCCCCAAGCAACAGCUCCCACCAAAGAAGAAGAGACGCGUAGGCAGUGCUGUGCACUGUGACUACCUCAAUAAACCACACAAGGCCAUCCACCGUAGACGCACUGACCCCAUGGUGACUUUGUCUUCUGUGCUAGAGAGCAUCAUCAAUGACAUGCGGGAUCACCCCAACACAUAUCCAUUCCACACACCAGUCAAUGCUAAGGUCGUGAAGGACUAUUAUAAGAUCAUCACACGGCCCAUGGACCUGCAGACGCUGCGGGAGAAUGUACGUAAGCGAAUGUAUCCAUCAAGGGAGGAGUUCCGUGAAGCAGUGGAAGUUAUCGUCAAAAACAGCGCCACCUACAAUGGGGCAAAACAUCCAAUAACACAGGUAGCACAGUCCAUGCUGGACCUGUGCGAUACUAAACUGAAAGAGAAGGAGGACAGGCUGGUGAGGCUGGAGAAAGCCAUUAACCCCUUGCUGGAUGAUGAUGAUCAGGUGGCCUUCUCCUUCAUCCUGGACAACAUUGUGACCCAGAAAAUGAUGGUGGUUCCCGAUUCAUGGCCAUUUCACCAUCCUGUCAACAAAAAGUUUGUGCCCGAUUAUUAUAAGGUGAUCAUAAACCCCAUGGACCUGGAGAGCAUCCGCAAGAACAUCUCCAAACACAAAUACCAGAACCGAGAUGCGUUCCUUUCAGAUGUCAGUCUCAUCCACGCCAACAGCAUCAAGUACAAUGGCCCAGACAGUCCUUACACUAAGACAGCCCUGGACAUUGUCAAUGUGUGCAAGCAAACCCUGGCAGAGUAUGAUGAGCACUUGACCCAGUUGGAGAAGGACAUCUCUACUGCUAAAGAGGCAGCUCUAGAUGCAGCAGACUUGGAGUGUCUGGACCCAAUGACGCCGGGGCCAUACACACCGCAGCCUGCUGAUCUGUUUGACAGCGGGGCUUCAGGGAGUCUUCCCAGAGAGACCAGCAGCCUUUUCUCUGAGGGACCUCUAGUGGUUGCUCCAGAGAAGCGAGGGGGGCAGGGUCGCCACAGUAGAAGACCCGGGGAGGAAGAGUCAGAUGUGGACAUUGAAGGCUUUGAGGAGGAAGAUGAUGGCAAACCCAAGACUCCUGCUCCUGCAGAGGACGCAGACGGAGAUCUAGAGGACGAAGAUGACGAAGAGGAGAUGUUACUGCCACCUCACAGACGGUUGCAUGACCUGGAGGACGAGGAGGAGGAGGAAGAAGAGGAUGGAAGGUCUAACCGCCCAGCCCAAGCCAGCGUGCUGUACCAGGACCUGCUCAUGUCUGACGGAGAGGAUGAUGCCAGCGAAGAGGAGGGCGACAACCCUUUUUCCUCCAUACACCUGUCAGAGAGUGGUAGUGACUCUGACAGAGAGGUGGAUGUGCGACCUGCACCUCCACGGAGAGCUCAAGAGAUGGCCCGCAUGGGCAUGGAGCGGGAGGAGAGCAUGAUGUCAUAUGAAGGGGACAUGCCUGAUGAGCCUCACAUGGAAGACAGCAAUGUCAGUUACGGCAGCUAUGAGGAGACAGAGAGCCGGAGUCAGAUGCCGCCCAGCAUGGGAAACGGAGAAGACUACGGCAUCAGCGAGGAGGAGGAGGAAGAUGAAGAAGAUGAAGCACGGAGGAGAGGCCCAGCUGUGCUCUCCCAGGUCCAGCUCAGUGAAGACGAGGAGAGCGAAGAGUUCAGAUCUAUAGGGGGAGAUAGCGACAUGGACUCUGACAACUAGUUCAGUUUUAUUUUUUAUACACAGUAUCAAGAAAACAUUGUUUAUAAUCCCAGUUUUUAAAUUGAGAAAAGGAGAUUUCUCAGGAAAAUGCGUUGUACAUUGUUCUUUUUUUGUAAAUGAUGGUUAAUGUUUAUAGCUUCCUCCUGUACCUACAGUAUAGGGCACAGCACCUUGUAAAUUUCAGUUUGCCUUUUAUAUGUUGAGUGAAUAGUGUACCAUGAAGUAUCUUGACAUGAAAGUGUGUGUUCAGUUGUUUUGUACAGUUCUAACUCAUCCAUAUCUUUGCGCUCAUAAAUAGCUCAGCAACUCUGUUGUUUCUGCCCAACUGACUAAUUAAAAAAUAGAAUAAACAUACUGAAGCUCCUUCUGUAAAAAAAACAAAACAAAAAAAACCCAUCAAAUCAUAUAUUACUAACGACAAACAUUGAGCGGCAGUUAGAGACCACUAAUCAUUUUCCUCUUCCUCGGUUGAAAUUUACAUUCAUUACAGGAGCCCAGUCUGUGUUUAGUAUUCUAAUAGACUUAACUCUCCAAUGGCUUUGACCUCAUUGGUUUAUUGAAGUGGUCUUACUCAAAAUUGCUCUUGUCUCAGUGAUCGGGGUGGAUCAGAGGCAUUCAGGCAGUUACACAGUUGCACAUAUUGACAUGUUUAAUAAUCUGUUAAUUAUUUUCUCAUUAGCUAAGCUUAUGUGUAGGAAAGAAUCAGGAAAGCCAGUUACAGUAACCAUCUCUUCCUUUUCAGAACUACUUCUUUCCCUAGUCUGGUUCAUAUGUGUUCUUACAUUGAAAUGAAAAGGCACAUACCACUGCUGUGACAAGCUCUGUUUAUUUACAUAUAAAAGCAAAUUGUAACAGAUUAUUUGUGUGCAGGUGGGGUAACAAACCACAAGGCUCAGGCUUGAACUAAUGAUUAUUUUAAACCAGAAAAUACUGAAAAAUUCCCAUUACAGUUUCUCAGAGCCCAAGGUGAUAUUUUUUCUGUCUGACAAACAGUCCAAACAUAUUUACAAUGAUUUUAUUGGAGAAAAGCUCAUUUGUUGGCAGUCGACUAAUUGUGUCAGCCUUAAUGCUAAUGCAGCCAUCAUUGAUGUUAUUAGUUGCACCUGUGCUUUUCUCGAGAACAAACUGCUUAUUUAUGUUGUGCUGAUUAUGUCAUCACUGUCUUAUAAACUAAUAGUAAACAGUGUUUUCUAAGUGUAAGAUGUCAAAAGAGUUACAGUUUUGUAGAUAUUUCUGUAGUGUUUUACUCGGUUAUAAGCAGUGAUAUCAUUUAUGGAGAAGAUCUUGCCUAGAGUUCAGUCAGACCACCUCAGCUGCAUUUACUGGAUGAAUUCAUAAACAAUACUCAGUAAAACAUGUUAAACAUUAUGAACAGCAGAGGGUACUCCAACAGCAAACUGUACAUCCGGUAUACAGACUAUUAAAUGUCUCUGUUCCAAAAGUA